CGCCGCUAUGUUCACUCCUGCAGUGUCCCGCUGUAGGACAGUCUGUGUGAACUCGGGAGGGGAAGCGCUGUUAAAACUCCCAGGAUUUACACUCUGCCAUUUUGAGGAAAACCGGCCGACAUCAAGAGUACAGACAAACAGACGCGUCCAGGUCAUGGCCUGAAUACGAGAAAAAACGCUGUGAAAUAGGAGAAGGCCUCAGGGGGACAUUCAUCCCAACAAAGGAGGAAUUGUUGAUUUGAACAGGUCAUCAGUCCUCUACAGCCAUGUGUUCCACAAAUCACUCAAACUGGGUCACAUUUGAAGAUGACACCACACCACUCUCAUCCCCUCAGAAGCCCCAACAGUCACCGGAGCAUUUCAAAGCAGCAUUACCACGUCCCAAUGGUUUGAAAUUAGUUCUUCCUCCAAUCAGAGACACUUCCUGGAGCUUCAAUAGUUCUCUCGAAUCCCCUCAAAGCCACUCAAGUCUUAGUGGAAGUUCCUGUGUACCAUAUAACACGCCUUUUUGCACUCCCGUGAGUGGGGUUCCUAGCGGUGCCUCCCCAUUUCACUCCAACACGUGGGAAAAGAACGACUUUUUUCGCAGUCUCUCGAGUACAUCUACCAUCUCUGCUCCCUCUCCUGCGCCAGAGGCCUUGCACCAAACCUCAGACGGACCAAACCCCUUCCCUUCUUUCCAGGGAAACUCAGGACACUAUAACCCCUUCUGGGAUGGAUCUAGACACAGUGCAGAUGUCGACAGCUCCUCCUCAGACUCAGAAUCUGAAUCCCAGAGCAGCCUACCACGUUUCUUCAUUCGGACCAAAGACGGCAGUGAGCCUCCACGUGACCAUCUCCAAAACUCUCUCCCCUACGUUUGCCACAAACUGGAAGGCCUAAAAGCAACGGAAGCAGAGACGGAAAAUGGUGGCGGGAGACGGCUAAGAUGCAAAAGUGAGGUGUUAAGCGAGGAUUCAUCUCAGUUUGUUCCCCGGGGGCUAUUUCGUAGCAAAAAGCGAGACGGCUGGUCUGUCUUGCUCCGGAUUCCGGAGAAAAAGAACCGCAUGUCCUCGCGACAGUGGGGGCCGAUCUACCUCCGCCUGUUGCCGGGAGGCGUGCUGCAGAUGUUCUACGAGAAAGGGCUGGAGAAGCCGUUCAAGGAGUUCCAGCUUCUCCCCCAAUGCAGGCUCUCGGAUCUUAAACUGGAAAGCUACGGCGAGCCCCGCAAAGUCCUCUCUGUCAAAGUGGAACAUUACUCGUACACAGAAAAGAAACGGUACCACCCCAAGCUGGAGGUUAGCCAUGAGGCGGAGGCAGAAGAGCUGCUGAAGUUUGGCUCCACAGCCCACGAAGACAUGGAGGACCUGGUCGUCUCCAUGGAGGAGGAAAUCUUUAAGUUGUGUUUGCACCACCAGCAUAGGCGGCACUACGAGGAGCAGGAGCUGUCGCUGCAGAUCACCGAUCAUAUCUGGGUACAACUAGAUAAGUUUGGCGAAGUCAUCGAGCGGACAGCCUUCACCCAGAUUCACUGUCUCUCUUUCCUCAACGGACUAGGGGAUUGUUUUCUUGCCCUGAACGAUCUCGGCCUGCUGCGCUUUGACUCCAGCUACGGGUCAGAGGAGGACGGCGAAGUCUGGAUGGAGAUCGCAGAUAGCCAUUUCCACAAAUGUGUGAAUGAGACAGAGUUUCAAAGGUCCCGGCUGGUAAAGUUUGCACCUCCCGAGGCCUGCAGGGUGGAGCUGAUGCGGUACAAGACGGAGAUCCUGGAUUGCACAGAAAUUCCCUUCUCGGUCAAGGCCGUUGUCACAGUUCAAGGCGCCUACGUGGAGCUCCAGGCCUUUCUUAACAUGACACCCACCUUCCCCUCCUUGGGGAGUGUGUCUGACACAAACCCUCUGUGUGAGAAUGUAGUGAUCCGUGUGCCGGUGCCAGGCGAAUGGGUCAAAGUCACGCAGACAGUGGCCUUGUUGCGGCAGAGGUCGCUGAAGGCCCGCAUGAACAGAAAUGCCUGCUUGGGUGCUGUCGGCGCUGCAGAUUCUCAGCCUGUCAUGCAGGUGACAAUCGGCACAGUCAAGUAUGAGAAUGUAUAUUCAGCCGUCGUGUGGAGGAUCGACCGACUGCCAGCAAAGAAUACGGCAGUGGAUCAUCCCCAUUCAUUUUCCUGCAAGCUAGAGCUGGGAUCUGAUCAGGAGAUCCCGAGUGACUGGUACCCUUUUGUCACGAUGGAAUGUGAAAUUAUGGGCGCAGUUGUGUCUGGAACCAGGGUGAAGUCGCUGGGCACUGCCAACGACAUCCAGCCGCAGAAAAAUGUGACCAGUUGGACGCGCUAUCAUUGUCAGGCCAAACUCUACUUGUCCAUAAUUGAUGAUGUGAUUGAGAGUAUGCGGGAGCUCUUUUUGGAUGAAGGGCUUGAAGACCGCGUCCUGGAUGAUUUAAGACAUCUUUGGGAGGCAAAGAUGAUGCAGUCAAAAGCAAUGGAAGACUUCAGGAAAAAUAAUACCAACUCAUCCAACUUUGUGCUGCAGCUCCCUGCCAGCUACAGUCGGACAGAUCAAGAACUCACAGCCUCAGUUAUGAUCCCUGCGAGUCACAAUAUCCACAGUUUCCCAAUGAAGACCAUCUCUGAGACAAUUGCUACUUUCUCUCUUCCUGCGGGGUUAUCGUACCCUGUGCAGAUACCAGCUGGAGUCACUCUUCAAACCGCCUCUGGUCAACUUUACAAGGUCAACGUUCCUGUUGUGGUCACUCAGGCUCCAGCAGGUCAGCCUCUUAUAUCCCGAACCACACAGCGAGUGUUUGUGGGGAGGGAAGUUCCUGCCCCCCAGUCAUCUGCUGUCCCACCAAAAGCCACUCGGCCUCAGGAGGGGGAUCCACCCUCUGUUCCAGCUUCUUCUCUUCAACUGCCUCCACAUCCACAGGUUGAUAUCCCCCCUUGUCAGGAGAAGAGUGUCCCCCAGCCACCUCAAGUUCCUGCUGCUGAGCCAUCGCAGCUUCAAGGGGCCCGCUCUCCAGAGCCAGACAUCAACCUGGAAGAAAAUGAGCAGAGUCCACAACGCGAACCUGUGAACCUCAGUAUGAACGCCUCACCCUGCAGUCAGUUAUUAGAGCAGAUCAGCAGCGAGGAGGCUUUGACUCAGACGGCACAGUUUAAGAGCCGAGACAUUGAUGACAUCCUGAAAGAAGUGAUUGAGGAGGAGAGAGAGAAGGCAGAAAGGGCGAGGAACCUAGCGCCUGCUAAGAAUGACAACCAGCCUGAUCCUGUUCUUGGGCUGGACCUGGACUUCAACUACAAUGAGCUGUCGGACAUCGUUCAGCUGGAUGGUCCUGCGGGGAACUCGGACAUGGAGGAGGAAGAGGGAGGUCCCAUGGAAGAGAACGACUUUCUGGGUAUAAUCAACGCAGAGGCCAUUAAGGCCCUGCAGGAGGGGGAAGGAAGCAGCGACGGAAACAGCAUCUCCUCCAACAGCGACAGCGAGGGAGCAGAUCUCGCCGAAGCAGUUGAAGAGGAUCCUUUGAACUCAGGCGAUGAUGUGCACGAGCAGGACAUCCCAGAUCUCUUUGACACUGACAAUGUAAUCGUCUGCCAGUAUGACAAAAUCCAUCGCAGCAAGAACCGCUGGAAGUUUCAUUUGAAAGACGGAGUGAUGUGUUACAAAGGCAGGGACUACGUGUUCUCUAAAGCUGUCGGAGAGGCCGAGUGGUGAUGAGCAUCAGCACUCUUGAACGCAUCAGAUGAUCAUGUAGAGCGACGGGGAAACUGAUUCAAAAGGGAGAAAUAAUCAGUGAAUUUAGACCUCUUGGUGGUGUCAUUUGGCUCGCAGAGAAGGCAGUUAAACACCUCUGUGUGAAAUCACUGAUACAGUACUUUAGUUUUUCAUUAUGUAAUUAUCAGAGCAAUACCACAAGUAAUUUAAAAUGUAACAACCAAUUACAUACAGCGUUGCUUCUGGAUCAAGUGUACUGAGACAAACGGCAUGAAUUUCUGUUGUUAAAUAUUUACCUGAAAAUAAUUUUCUUUAUUAGUAGAGCAAAACAUUAUUUGACCUGGAAUAUCUUUUCUUCUGUCAUGAUCAUGUUGCUUUGAAGGUACCUAAUGUGCUGUUUGAUUUGUAGUAAUGCCUUGCCUUUAAUCAUGCUUCAAAUACACAGAACUGCGCUGUUGUGCUGCAUUCAAUGAACCCUUUUCUUUCUGACAACCCUGAACAAAGCCUGUGUUGCCUUGUUACAUUAUUUACCUAAUGAACUAAGUGUGUUUGUUUUCUUUUCACUAUUGAACCAAACGGCUGCAUGCAAAUUCACUGGAACACGACACAGUUCAUUUAUAAAAGCCAGCAUGGACA